AAAAUACAUAAAAUCUGAACAAAAUCGUUUGAAAUAAAUUAAAUACAAAAUAAGCUAUAUCAGUGGAACACAUUUCGACGACUCUUGGAAAAUGUGAAAAUUAAGAAAAUAGAGGCUAUUUCAAAUGGGAACACAAAGCAAUGGACUUGGGCCUGACCCUCUGCCAGCCAAGGAGGCAGAGGGCCCUCCCGUUCAAGUCGAACCCGUAGAUUUAAGUUUACGUUCACCAAAAGGAUCUCACAGCCAAGGCUACAAAUCAUCAUCUUCAUCAGCGGCAUCAUCAUCAGCCGCCGCCACAGCACUGAUUAAAAGCAAUUACAACAGUUUAUCAUCCGCACCAUCAUCAUCGGCCGCAUCAGGUGCCUUUCGCAGCAACGCAUACAACAGCAAUAACUCACACCACCACCACAACAACAGCCGCAGUUCGCCUUUCUCCUCAGCCUCGGCCUCGGCGUCAGCAACGACGGCCCAAAUGGCUUUAAAUCGUCAAUAUUCCACAUUUUCAAGUGCCUCAGCAGCAGUAACCAAACUGCCCAUACCACCGUUUUUGGCUGCCUCGCCAUUUCUCUUCACCUAUCGACGACUCAAGGAUGAGGCCAGCAACAAUGGUGCCUACAUGGGCAGCAGUGGUCACAGCAAUGGCAGCUCAUCUGCAUCCUCGCAAUCAGCUUUGACCUCUUCGCUACAUGCCCACUCGCCCAUUGGUUCAUCGACAUCUUCCUUUUCCAGUGCUAAUUCCGCCGCAACGAAUGGAGCCACAAGCGGUAGCAGCGGUGCGACUUCAUACUUUCAAGACUACGAUCGCAAGUUUAGCUUGUUGAGCCUGUUUAAAAAUCCCUAUAAAUACACCAUGGAACGUCGAGCUGCGGUCCAUGUACCACCCACGGGUUUUGGUAGUAGUGGUGGAGCUGCAGCCGCUGCUCUCUCAUCGGCCUUCUCCAUGGCAAGUCCAGCGCUAACGGCUUCGGCCUUUAGUCCCACCGCCCAUGCGGCCGCUUUAAGCCAUAAAGUUCAAAGUGCCAAUGCAUCGGCGGCCACAUCGCCUUGGAAGCUAAUGGCCGAAGCGCAUCAUCACCAAAGUUCGCCAUUCAGCCAUUCCUAUCACCAGGGGGCAUUUAGUGCAAUAAACACCGGCGAUCGUAAGAAUACGUUCAGCAGUAUUGUGCCGGGCGGCAGCAGUGCAUUUGGACGUUCGGCAGAUGCGAGUUCAGUGAGCGGGGCGUCGAAUGGUUGCAGCAGCGAUGCGGCCAAGAAUCGCAAGGUGCACAAGUGUGACAACGAAGGAUGUGAUAAAGUUUAUACGAAAAGUUCGCAUCUCAAGGCGCACAAGAGAACGCAUACAGGUGAAAAACCCUAUGUCUGCACCUGGGAAGGUUGUGUCUGGCGUUUUGCCCGUUCCGAUGAAUUAACCCGCCAUUAUCGCAAGCACACCGGUGUCAAGCCCUUCCGCUGUCAACUUUGUACCCGUUCCUUUAGCCGUUCGGACCACCUAUCUUUACACAUGCGUCGACAUUGAAGUCUCACCUGAUGAGAUUUCCUGACAACAAUUUAGAUCAAUUCAUGUUCAUACUAAACAAAACAAAAACAACUACAACAGUAGUUAGCCAAUUCUAAUUGUACAUUUUGAAAAAAAAAAAACAAAACUAUUUCUAUUUAAAUAUUUAGUUUACUAAUUUGUUCUAUAAUUUAAGAGAAAUACUCGUAGCGAUAAGCAAAAUAUCAAUGUUGGUUGCAAUGUUAGAUUGGAUGGAUGAGACAGGAUAAUUUCUGAUUAUCAUUAAAAUCCCAAAUCAUAACUGUCGUUUUAAAGGACAAAUUCUAAGUGUUUCAACAUAUCUUGAACUGUGUCAAUCACUUUACACUUUUAUGAUCAUAAUAUGACUGAAAGUUUUUUUGGAUAUAAAGGUCCACGUUUCGCUAAAGCCCCCAUAUAAAACCUUUAAAGAGGAAUGUUCCAAAAAAUUAAGAAUGACUUCAUGAAAAAAGGUUCUAUCUUACGAAUUACUCAAUAAUAACGUUGUACCUUUUUAAAAGCUUUUAAUGGUAAUAUCAAAUAAUCACGGCUUAUCCCAACUCAGUAAUAAUGCUAGUUCUAGUUCUUUUUGUAUCCUUAAAUCAGACAUGGAUAUCGUUACACUUGUAAAUGUCAAAUUAUGUUCUGUAUGAGUUGCCAUAAAAAUCGAACGCAGACGAUUAGCAUAUACUCUGAAAAAUUGAGUUAGUGAAAAGGGAAAGAGAACGAUCAAUGCACCCAAGUCGCUAUAUUAUUAAAACUAAUUAAAUCACGAAAAUCCACUAAAGAAGUUCCCUCUGAGUACUUUACCCUCUGGAAGAGAAUUGUCUACAUAGGUCUACGUUUUAGUAUAACACGCUACCCGAGAUAUUCGGAAUUGCCAGGAUUGUCGCUAUAUUAUGCACCUGAAAUGCGUCAAAUUUCGUAUUUGAUGUUCGUAAUGGGUACUACAACCGGAAAAUUGUCUGUGCAGGUCCACGUCUUAGUAGCCCCCAUGCUACGGUACCUCUCUUCAGUUGCUAUUUUGAUGAUAAUAUCGACAGUAUUCACUGGUAUUGUAUUCAGCGGUAUUGUUUCGAAUUUUGUAUUUGAAGUUCUGAAUCGUUUCUACAGCAUAUGACAAAAAAAUAGUUAUCCAGCACCUCGUCUUCGUAUAGGUCCCAUAUAAAGGUUUUCAUUUAUUUGCAAAAUUCCCAAGUCCUUGCUAUCGCUGUUGUGUAAAUUUCAAUAAUUUUUAUUGUCAUAACAUGAAAUUUCCAAAAGUUAUCAGGAACUUGCUAUAAUUAAUAAAGAAAAAACAAAAAACAAGAAAAAACAAACAACAAAAACCCUCCGCUAAAAUCAUCAAAAUACGUGAUAUGUGGAGGUAAGGUUAUAUGGGGCCUAUACGAAAACGUGGACCUGCAUUGUCAUAAGCUAUUACAAUAUUCAAAUGCUAAAUUUGAAAAAAAUCUGUUCAUAAUGUAGCUAAAAUCAUCAAAAUACUGAAUAUCGGGGGUAACGUUAUAUGGGGGCUAUACGAAGACAUGGACCUGCACAGACAAUUUUCUGUCUUAGCCUGUAUUAUUCAUUACGAUCUUCAAAUACCAAAUUUUAAACAAUUCCGGUAAAUAAUGUCGCUAAAAUCAUCAAAAUACCGAAUAUCGGGGGGUGCCGUUAUAUGGGGGCUAUACGAAGACGUGGACCUAUAUGGUCCGUUUUCAACACAAAAAGUCCUGCAUAAUACACAUUUGAAUAAAUUUUUAUCAACUCACUUAAUUUCGUUCGGAAGCUAAAGUGAUUUCCACAGACGGAGAACUUUUAACACCCUUCGUACCGCUAUGUCGAUUGCACCAAUUUCCUGCUACAUUAGUUGUUACAUAUUGCAAACAAAAGAAAAAAAAAAUAUUCAGAAACACCAUAAUAAUUUGGAUGGUAUAUAUUGGAACACUCUUUAAUUAGAAUUAACCCAUAUUUCAGAAUUGUUACGCUAAAAGUACAGUGCUUAGUACCUUUAAGUACUACUAUGUAAAAACAUCCAUUUCCACCAAUGCACUAUGGGUAAAAAGCAUGAUUUUUUGGCAUAAAGUCAUUUUUUUUUUGGUUUCAUAUUUUGAAAUUUAACUGAUUUCCUAAAUGUAGAUACCCAUAUUAGAAAAAAAAAUGUUUAAUAUCAAUACGGGUGGCAACCCUUUUUUGCUGGCGAGCUUUUAAAGUCAGCUGUUUGAAAGUCACUUUGUUUUGGUACAACUGGCGGUAAAGAUCAGCUAAGUUCAAGUGCUUCUGAUUUGACAAAAUUGAAAAAAAUAAAAUGUGUAAUUAUGGAAAACGUUAGUGCAGGUAUGUAAAAUUAAGACGAGGUGCCCUUUUUGUCAUAAUUGUCUGUUGUUGUAAUACAGUGAAUUGUUUCGUUUAUGUAUAGCUUUAUAUAAAAUCUAUAAAUUGUAGUUGUGUUCCGUGGAGUGUAACUUGUGAAUGGCAAAGCAUUGCAAAAAGGUAUAAAUGCCAAGUUAUUAACAAAAGUGUGUUAAUUAAUGAGUAACUAGCCUUUUUUGUUCUAUUUUGUGCCAACACGUGUUUUGCAGAUAAACAUGUGUUUGUCCAUGCAGCGCUUAUUGAAAUUUGGAGAAGCAACAAUCGCUCAGAAGAUGCACUUGUGAAAUAUGUGUUACAGAAUAUCAAUAAUAUCAGUUUAAAUGAAGACCAAAUGCGUUUGAUAUCAAAACAAGUGAAAGAUUUUGUUAAUUAUAUAAAAAAGCAUUUGCCAAAGUGCAUCCGUAAACUAGAGCGAUUUAAAACUAAACAUUCAAAAUGGCUUAGCAAAAGUAUAAUUAUUGUAAUGAAUGAGCAGUAUGUUUCUCCAAAUCAUCAUAGCCGAUCGGCCAGAUCGGCUAUAUAGCAGCGACAUGAAAUAGUGCCCCAAAUCAUAUGAAAAUUCGUAGGUCAUCUUGGGGGCAUAAAAAUGAAUACAAAUCAAAUUUCACUUCAACAGCUUCAUAAAUAAAAAAGUUGGGUCAAAUAGGCCAGACCGGCUAUAUAGCAGCUACAUAAGAAAUAGUGCCCCAAAUCAUAUGAAAAUUCGUAAGUCAUCUUGGGGGGGCUUAAAAAAUGAAUACAAACCAAAUUUCACUUCAAUAGCUUCAUAAACAAAAAAGUUGGGUCAAAUCGGCCAAAUCGGCUAUAUAGCAGCUGCAUGAAAUAGUGCCCCAAAUCAUAUGAAAAUUCGUAAGUCAUCUUUGGGGUAUAAAAAAUUAAUACAAACCAAAUUUCACUUCAAUAGCUUCAUAAACAAAAAAGUUGGGUCAAAUCGGCCAGAUCGGCUAUAUAGCAGCUAUAUGAAAUAGUGCCCCAAAUCAUAUGAAAAUUGGUAGGUCAUCUUGGAAGCAUAAAAAAUGCAUACAAACCAAAUUUCAAUUCAAUAGCUUUGAAAUUAGAGUUUAUGCCAAAAUAAACGAAAAAAAACCCAUAGUGCAAUGGUGCGAAAUAUUAAAAUAAUAAAGGAAAGCUCUUUAUUAUUUAAUAUUUUCUAGAAUUUAGUAAAAAUGUCCAUGCACACUGUUUUUAAUCUCUACCCACCCCAGGAAUUACCCCCAUACUAACUUUAGAAACUCUUGCCAAAACUCUAACUCUGCUCUAACUCAAAUUUAGUAAAUUUUUAGUAGCAUAUCGAAUUUCGCAAAAAAAAAGUUAAUUGCCAGAGGAAGCUAAAUUUCAAGUUUCCAACCGCAAAAUAUUCAGAACUUUUUAGCUACAUGCGAAUUUUCAGUUUUUAGCAUUUAUUUAGUACGGCACUUCAUCUAAUAAAUCUUAUCCAUGGAGAUUUUAGCCUUUUUCGAUUCCAGGUGUUAUACUAUUACUAGGGGCUUUAAUUAUUGUCCUUCUUUCCGCCUUUCAUUGUAACCGACACUCAAAGCCAAUUGGAUGUCUACCUUAAAUUAUACAACUAUAUUAAUGCUCAAGGAGGCCUUAAGAAAACCAUACUCAAAUUAUAAAAUAAUAACUUUGAAAAUAAUUAAAUUAUUUCUCAAAUACGAUAAGAAACAAGCAUAAAAUUCCAGACAAUAAUUAAAUUAAGCUACACUCUUUAGAAUUCAUCACUUAUUAAAUUACGAAAUAUUUAUCUCUUUCUCUCUUUGCCUAACUAUUACCAUAGUUAUAUUGUGUAAAUGUAUUAUUGUUCUUUCAUUGUUGUACAAUAUAAAUUAAAUAAUAUUUAUGUACAAUUGUAUCUGUAUUUGUAUUUAGAUUUAAGUUUUUUUCUUCGCUCUCGUGUAACGUAUUUAUUUUUUUGCAUUAAAAUUUUAGUAAACAUUUUUUUUGUAACGAUUUUAUUUGUUCGUACUUGUAGUUAGUUCAAUUUUGUACAUAGACAAAAACAACAACAGCAAAAAUAUAUAGUAUAAAGUAUCUCCUGUUCACUCUGUCUGGCGGUCUGUCUGUCCGUAUGACAAUGGUGGCCAGCGGUCAGUGGUUACACUUGAAACAAAGCCAACAUGUGCCAAACACACAAAAAGGCUGCUGGUGCAUAUAAACGUAACUAAAUCUGGUAUCUAAUAUCUAUUACAAAAACAAAAGCAAAACAAACAAACUAACCGACCAACCACACAGACAAACAUACUAAGUAUGAAUGUAUACAGAUUUAAUUAGAGGACCGAACAACUAACCGAACAAUCAAACCAACUAAACACAACAAAAAAAACAAUACAACAAUCAUAAAACAUUCCAUCCGAGAUCAUUGUUUUUUUAUUAUUUGUAGUUGUUGUUGUUAUUGGCAUACUCUGUUUUUGUUGUUCUCGAAUUUAAAUUAACGAAAAAUUUGCAAUUGAUUGCGGAUAAUAAAACACCAAUUCUCACUCGCUCACUUGGCCGGCCAAUCGACAUCCGACAACGUCAAUACACAAUUACAAUGACAACAACAACAACGGCAACGGCAACAAUAACAAUACCAAUAACAACAAAGUAAUACAAAACAAAAAUACAUAUCAGACAAUUUGAAUGGUGCUCAAAAUCUGUUAACUGUUUCUAAACCAAGUUUAGUGCAUAUACAUAUAUUUUUCUAUACACAUACAUACACACAUGUUUACAACAACCGCAAAU